AGAUCCGGCUCUUUGAACCGGCUCGUUCACGAACGACGCAUCCCUAACGUGAACGUCAGCUGUCUGUUAGCUUACGGUGUGAUCUACUAGUUAGCAAAACACUUGUUUUAAAAGCUGCUUAAGUUAAUUUGUACACAUUUUCGUGUAGCUCAGACAUUUAUUUAUAUUGUUAGUCGGCUUAAGUGUAGCUAAACAAUAGCUGGCUUACAUUAUGGAGGUUUUACGUCCACCUCUUAUCAAUAUACAUGGAAGGAUGUACAGAAGGAACAUCACUAAAGAAGAGCACUAUGAGGAGGAGGAAGACUUCUCUUACAUGGGACCUCCAGAGAGUGAAGACUUUGCAGAAGAUGAGAGCUGUGGUACCCACUUCAUUGAACAGACUGAUAAAGGGUUUCGCUGUGCUGUUGAUGUCCCAAGUGUCCUCUACAAAUACAUAAUCGGGAAAAAAGGAGAGACACGCAAACGUCUGGAGUUUGACACAAAGACAUCCAUCAACAUUCCAAAACAAGGAGUGGAAGGACAGAUCGUUAUCACAGGUUCCCAUAAAGCUGCGGUCUCCUCUGCACUCACGCGAGUCGAGCUCCUUCUUGAGAGCUUCCGGAAGAAGCAGCCUUUUACGCACUUCCUGUCACUCCCUUUGAACGAUCCCAAAAUCCAAGAAGGAUUCCUGAGAUUCAAAGACGAGGUGUUGAAGCAGUGUUCACAGGAUCACGGAGUAGAGGGAAGCAUCUUUCAAAACCCUGCAAAGCUUCACCUGACAAUCGGCACCCUGGCUCUGUUAAGUGACACAGAAGUGAGAAAAGCAUGUGAACACCUCCAAGAGUGUCAAAACGUCAUCAGGGACCUCACAGAAGGAAAACCUCUGCCAUUGGAGGUGACAGGUAUAGAGUACAUGAAUGAUGACCCAGCCAUGGUGGACGUCCUGUAUGCCAAAGUCAAUGUGAAGGACAGAUCGGAUCGGUUGCAGAUGAUUGCCGAACGUCUCGUAGAGCACUUUGCCUCAGCAGGGCUGAUGGUCAGAGAGUGGGACAGGGUGAAGCUGCACGGCACUGUGAUGAACACUCUGUUCAGAAAGGACUCCACAGGUGAAGAUACGGGCGGCCCAGGAAGACAAACCACGAGUGAAAGAGAGGCAUUUGAUGCCAGAAACAUAUUAAAGAAAUUUGGUGCUCAUCACUUCGGAGACUUUGAGUUGAACACCGUCCUGCUGUCCCAGAGAUAUUCCACAGAUUGUGCAGGCUACUACUCCUCUGCAGGGAGCAUCACCUUCUCGUGAGCUUCGACGGGGCUGAGCAUAUUCUCAGGUCAUCGAUGAACAUUUACGCAGGAUGGAAACGUGCUCUGGCUCAUGAAAAGAUUUUCCAUCAGAUGAUGAACAUGAAUCGACUCUCAACAAAGCGCUGCUGCAUUUUUUUGUUGUUGAAAUCAUUCAGGAAAAUUAAUAUUCGUCUGGAUUUCUUCACGGCGGCAUGAGGUGCCACAUUUUUUAAUAUUCUGUUCUGACAGGAAUAAAUAAAAGUGUAAAGCAUCCA